GUGACUGCUGGCUGCUCGCUGCUAUCGGCUCUCUGACUCUGAACGAUCGACUGCUUCAUCGCAUCGUUCCUCACGGUCAGAGCUUUGACAGAGAAUAUGCCGGCAUCUUCCACUUCCAGUUCUGGCAGUUCGGGGAGUGGGUGGACGUGGUGAUUGACGACCGCCUUCCGGUCAAAGACGGAGAGCUGAUGUUCGUCCACUCGGCUGAAGGCAGCGAGUUCUGGAGCGCGCUGCUGGAGAAGGCCUACGCCAAGUUGAACGGCUCGUACGAGGCGCUGUCCGGCGGCAGCACCACUGAAGGUUUUGAGGACUUUACAGGCGGCGUGUCGGAGAU